AUGGAGAGCAUGCCAGUAAGGACUGCCCACUUUGCAAAGCCUGAGGGUCAGAAAGGAAAGAAACCAGUAGGGGUUUAUGGAGAUAGCUAUGAGAGUGAAACAAGAAGGGCAGCCAAGGGAUCUAGAGAAGUUCUUUCUUAUGGCCUGGUCAUUUUGGGAUGCUGCAGUACGGGUGUGGGAGUUAUCUUGAGGGAUGAGAAGGGUAAAGUAAUACUGGCUGCGUGUCACAAAGAACCAGAGUUCUCAGAUCCUAUGGAAGUGGAGCUUCUGGCCAUUCUAAGGGGUCUACAGAUAUGUGUCCCGCUGGGUAUCAAUGAUCUGAUUGUGGAAACUGAUUCUAUGCUUAGUGUUAGGGCCUUAACAACAGAAGGGGAGUCAAUGUCUCCACAUGGUAACCUAAUCUACUCCAUCCUUGGCCUUUCAAAACAGCUUCCUAAAGUGAUUUUCCAACAUGUUGGCAGAGAACACAAUGCAGCAGCUGAUGGCUUAGCAAAAAUGGCAAGAUUUGUAGAGGAUUUAACAAUUUGGUGGGAAUCAAUUCCCGAGUGUAUUUCCCAGAUUGUUUGGCAUGAGGCCAGCUUGUAA